GGGCGGCGGCGUGCUCACCGCCAAGGUGUUCGACACCACUUGCUGCCUUAAGGAGUUCGGCGAUUCAACUCCAGUUUUGACAACCAUAAACGGCAGAGCAAGAGGCACUUCAUGUAAGCCGCAGUUCUUGAGUAUACUGCUUCCGGAUUUCAUGGACAAGAUGAGGAUCCCUGACAAGUUUGUGCAACAUUACAUCACUGAAGAGCACCUGAACAGCAACAUGGCCUACAUCUCAAGUCCCCCCGGCAAAUUUUGGCGCAUUGGGCUCGAGAAGGAUCGAUCGGGUGUGUUUUUCUGUGGCGGGUGGCUACAGUUUCUGUCAUUCCAUGGCGUUUCUCAGGGCGAUGUCCUGCUGUUGAGGUAUCGAGGCAACUUGGUGUUCAAGGUCGAAUUUUUUGGGCCUAAUGGAUGCAGGAAAGAUUUGAAGACAGAUGACACCAGAGUUCAGCAAUGUGAGCAAACAGAUGCUGGAAUCCAUCAGGAUGAACCUUUUCGUAGAAGGAAAUGUAUCGAGAAGAAGAGAAAAAUUGAUGAAGAUAAUGGAAACCAACAUGGAACAGCAUCUUCUUCCGGUAGAAAGGAUAGCAUCAAGAAAAGGAGAACGGAUGGCAGCGAAAGAGAAAGGCGAAAAAAGUCCCAAUCGAUCUACGAGAUUGGACCGCCUUCUUGGAUAAAGAAGAAGAUCAAUGAAUAUAUACUUGAAAGAUGCCUAGUCUCUCUGGCGUUGACCUUCUGCAGCUCCAUCGGCUUCGCAAAAAAGAGCACCAUAACUCUGACGAUGGAGAUGGAGAUGACCUCAAGAGGAGGAGGAGGAGGAGGAAACAGCAGCAGGAGGAGAUCAUGGGAGGUGGCUGGCCGUCGAUACAGUCAUGCCUGCUACCUUCUCGGAGAUGGCUGGAAGAGGUUCUGCCAUGACAACGGCCUCAAGGUGGGCGACGUCUGCGUCUUCACCGUCGUCCACACCACCCUGUGGCAUGUCGGCAUCGAGCGUUGCUGAAUGCUGCAUGCUGAAUGGUACAUGCUGAUGAUGCUGUGUGUGUAUAGGAUUAGUUUGACGGUUGAUGAUGAUAGCUAGUCAGAUGAUGUGAAUUCGUCAGGUUGAUGGGUAGUGUCUCUGAACUCUGAUGCUUGUGUGUGCUGUGGCUGCUUGUCGAUUAGGGGCCAUGAAAUUUUACUGAUUUCGAUUCGUUUGGAUGGAUUGUGAGUCUGUCUACUCUUUGAUGGGGUCAGUGAUGUGGUCAAGAGUUGAGGCAUAAUUGGUCAGGUCAGGAUAUAAUAAGUCUUCUUUGAGGCAGUUGUA